UUUCGUCUGAUGGAGUGUGUAUCAAAACCGAAGCAGCUGCUUAUUGGAUUCGUUUUCCGAAAUCGGGGCCUGCGACCUCGCCCCUACUCUUUGUUUGGAAGUCUCCGUCAAAAAUGGCCCUGUUUUUAAAAGUUAUCAACCAUUGUUAAACUUGAAGGAUGGGUCUAGUGUUUGUUAGGAUACUAAGGUGAAGAAUGAUGCAGAAGUUGCGUGGCUCCCCGAAAAUUAUUGUUCUUCUGUUUUAUUAUCUAUGUCUGUGGGUUCGUGUCACAGGCCUGUGUCCCGUGCGUUGUGAGUGCAAUGACAAAGAUGAUCUCAGAGUGAUUUGUGAUUCUGCCAAUUUGGAUGUAGUGCCCAUCACUCUUAAUCCAGGUCUCCGUGAACUGCGUUUGAGUAACAAUCACAUAAAAGGUGUCCGUUCUUCGUUCAGUGUUUACCUCAAUCUAGAAUUCCUUGACAUGUCUAGAAAUCAACUUAGUACUUUGGAUAAAGAUAACUUUAGGUCUAUUCAGCACUUGAAGACUCUUCUUCUGAACCAUAACAUGAUAUCUGAUCUUCAAAAUGAUACUUUCACAGGUCUACAUGCCUUAGAAAAACUAAAUUUAUGUUCAAAUCUCUUACAAGAGAUAAAAGCAAAAGUUUUUGUAUAUUUAGAAAAUCUGGAAGAAUUGGAGCUUUCUCAGAAUCAGAUAGUAAAUAUAGAAGCUGAAGCUUUUUUUGGUUUGAAAAACCUAAAAACCUUGGUGCUACGUAACAAUAACUUGACAUUCAUUCCUAGCUUAUCAUUUCAGUAUAUUCCUAAGCUUCUGAAACUUGAUUUGGGAUUAAACCUAUUUGAAGAGGUACCUGAAAACUCUUUUUCAUCGUUGAAUAACCUACAAGAACUUUUACUAGAUGGGUGUGGUAUUCGAAUCAUCUAUCCUGGAGCAUUUAAAUGGUUGAAUUCUCUUCUCAUUCUACAAGUACAGAAUAAUGAGCUCAACCAAGUUCCUACUAGAGCUCUUUUUGAUGUCAUACGACUGGAGGAAAUUCAUAUUGGCCAAAACAAUUUUUUUCACUUGAAAGCAAGGGCUUUCCAAAGACUUCAGUUUUUGCAUACUGUUGUCAUUGACAAAUGUCCCAAAUUGGAGAUGAUUGAAAAGGACACUUUCUUAGAUAAUACAAAUCUUAAAACUGUGAUCAUAAGGCAUAAUAAAGUUCUUAAUGUGAUUCAAGAAGGAGCAUUUAACAAUUUGCCAAAUAUAGAAUCUAUUAAUUUAAGAGCAAAUGCUUUUGAAACAUUUCAACAUAGCCUCUUUCCUUGGGAUGAGUUACAGAAUCUUGAUGUUAGAGACAAUCCAUUCGUAUGUAACUGUAGUUUGUUGUGGUUAUGGAAGCUUUUAGUGACUAAAAAUUUUACCUCUUCCGAUGAUCAAAAUGAUGUGACCAAAGUCCUUUGUGCAAAUCCUCCUCAUAAAAAGGAUCAAAUCCUGACAGAUUUACAGGAGACUGAUUUAGACUGCUAUAGUAUGGGCACAAGACGCCAAAUAAUCAUUGGUAUUGUGGUAGUUGGAGCCGUCACUUCUGCUGCAAUUGUUAUGUUAGGAUUCCGAUAUCGGGACAAAGUGGCUGGUGUCCUUAAAACAAGAUGGAGUCGGGGUAGAAAAGAGCCUCAAUAUCAGAAGACAAGUGCUGAAGAAGAGAACACGAUUCUGCAAGCGGCACAACAAUCACUUAAAUUGACACCUGUUACUGAACUGUGAUAUUGCUAAUUAAGUUUACCUUGGAACAAUUUUGUGACUAUGGCAUUGCAAUUAGCUCAAAUUAAAAGCAACUAGGUGCUCAGAUUUUCUUCUAACACUAAUCCGGUAAAAGUGAGGUGACUUGCCUUGAAAGUAAAGCUGCGAUUUUCAGCUAUUACUACCUCACAUUCUUAUAAAAUUGUAUUUCAA